CACGAUAACCAGCAAGGUGCACAACGACAGGCAGCAGAGUGCAAGAAGUGUUGAGGGCUAGUAGUGGAUGCCGACAUUGGCAGACGCAUGGACUGGUAGACUGCUGUGAGUACCAGCACAAGGGCCAGCACACUUGACCCCAGAACGAUGGCAAGCGCAACAGCCAUCCACUACUGCAACAACAUCAGAGACGGCCUCAGAGCAGCCAGGGGGCAGCAUCACUGCACCCCAGCAGACCUGCAUUCUCCCGGCCCAGCACUGGACAUAGAUGCGAAAGAGCUGCAUGAUCACCUCGCCGCAUUGCACAGUGUGGAGGCAUGCGACUGCACCAGCUGUGAAGCAUGCCUCGCAUCCACAUACAACAGCGGGCGCCAGCCGCAGCUGUGUCAUGUUUCACCCUGCCACGAACCCGACUGCCUUGUACAAGAACACUGCGACGACUGCGUCUCUGUCUGUGAUGAUGCUGAAUGCAAUGAGCAAUGCAUGUCAGUGUGCGACGAUGCUCAUUGCCAAGAACAUGCUGUUGACUGCUGUCCUGACGUUCGCUGUGAGCUCGAUACCUGUGUCGCUGCACCCUGUAUGCCUGACUGUAUGAGGACAGCAAGUAUUACGGCUGCUAAUACAGCUUCACAAGCAUGGCCAACACACGACAUACACGCAUGGCCACUGGAUGGGGACACACACGCCAUGUCUGGCCUCCACACACCCCUCUCUAUAGUCACAGAUGGCUCACUCUUGUCACCGUCAGACGCACUCCAACCACCGGACCCACAGCUACCAGACUCCCAUGUCCCCUUCCACUGCCACUGGAAUGCCUGUGACCUCGCCUUUUUCGAUGCAACACAAUUCGACCAACACUUUUGGGUAGAACAUGCACACCAGCAAGCACAACAGCAGCAGCAGCAGAGCUUACACUGUGCCUGGAACGAUUGUGCCGUUGCGCCACCUAACGAAACGGCCUUGUUUGACCACGUCAAGCAUGAUCAUGUCGAAACAGAGACGCAUCAUCGCUGUAAAUGGCUAGUACCGGAUGCGAACGGCCAAUGUCAUCCAUGUGGCGCGUGUCUACCGACUGUGGAAGAGUUGAGCCUACAUAUAUCAGAGCUACACGUCGGCAAGCGCAAAAAAAGCUAUGUCUGUGGUUGGCAAGGCUGCGAGCGUCAUCAACGUCCCUUUACGCAACGUCAAAAGAUGAUGCGGCAUCUCGUCACGCAUACAGGGGAUCGUCCCUUUGUCUGCCCUGAGUGUGGCUAUCAAUGCUCAGAAGAGUGUGUUUUGGAGCAACACAUGCGGACACACACAGGAGAGCGACCCUUUGCGUGCACACUCUGUGGCAAGGCCUUUUCUGCAUCAACAGCCUUGUCAGUACACAUGCGAACCCAUACAGGUUACAAGCCGCUGGUGUGCAAAUUUCCUGGCUGUGGGAAACGGUUCAGCGAGAGCUCCAAUUUGGCCAAGCACAUGCGGACGCACAGUGCACAGAAAUCGUAUGCCUGCAGUGUCCCUGGCUGCAACAAGGCGUUCCAGCGCCCGGACCAGCUCAAGCGACAUGUGAGCAAGUUGCACAAGGGUGCCAGCUGCGAUGCAAUGAAAGAUGGCAUUGCUCAGUAAGUUAUAGCAAUAUAGACGAUGCCUUUGCUGCCGGCAAAGUCAAUCAACGGGUAAAGGAGCUUUGAUAUCUUGGCUUCCUUGAUUCACGCGCGAGAAGAGCGGACUUGCCAAAAUCACUGGAUAGGUCGUGAAUACCUUUGAUGGCGGCAAAAGUAGUAAGAUAUAGUUAGAAAUACACUGGUCAAGGCGUCCGUCUGGG